ACCCUGUAAGCUUCACCAAGUCCAACAAAUCGAGAAGCAAUCGGUUUUCUGUUGCUUUUAUUCCUUGUUCUUUUUGUGAGUUCGAACCAAUUCCCUGCUCCCUCUCAGUUCCGAUAUGCGCACAUAGAGAGCAUUGUAAAUUUACAGCCGCGUCGCAGCAACCGGCCGUCAAACGGAUACCGUCCCGAGCCCACAACGCAUCCUUUCUUGCGCAGACUAGAGUAGCUUCCCGAUCGCAAACAUCAUACGAAUGGUCUGGGCGCGAUGAUGCAUACAAGAUGGGGAGACAGGGGAAAUGAGAGUGAGAGGAGUCAGCACGGCGUUUGUUGUUCUUGGAAGCCUUAGCUCAGGGUCAACAGCCUUUCCCUACCAUCAUUGUAAAUACACGCUCGCGACUUCGCCUUCUGUCUUAUGCCCCUCGAACGUUCUUCACCAAGUUAAAGUCAUUAGUCAGUUACAAUGGAAAGCGUUUCCAAUGUCCCCGAGAAUUCGUCGCGACCGGAGAACAUACCUGCAUCGUCCCGACCAAUAUAUCAACCGUCGAAUAGUCAAGCUGGUAGUAGCUCUAGAGAAAGCGAAAGCGAUAGAUUGAUUAAUCAGCUCGCUGCGACACUUGGAUAUUCCCCAGUUAAUGAAAGACGCUCUCGCUCGGGUUCUGCGCCGGAACGGCACCAGAGUUCUGGCUCUCGUGAGCAUUCCCUUAUGCCUAGUGCGCGGAGGGGCGCGACGCCAUCACCCCCGCCAGCCCAGUGUGACAAUCAAGCUUGGCGGCUCGUUGGCGGUCAGCCUGCGACUGGUCGUCUCCUCAUCCAUGCUGCGACCAGGGAGAUCGAACGUCGACGAGAGCUGCAGCCAAACCCGACGUAUAUAUCGGGAGAAUGGUUCCCGGUUGAGAAGCUCCUAGGGUGGAAGAUGUACGAUGGGGACUGUGGUGAUCAGAGUGAGAUGGGCGGAUGGUAGCCCUGAUACCUGGGAGCCUGAGGAGAUCAUACACCCUAGACGAGGUCACCGAUAUUGCACUGGCUCAAUGGGUUGAAUUUGUUACAGGUCUCAAUAUUCUCGGUUGAGAGGCUGGAAACUACAGAA